CGUGUUUUGAUUGCUAGUUGAAUUAUUUGUUUUAAACUGAAAUAAAAAUGGUAAAAGUACAGAAACCGAAUCCCAAAACACUGAAAAAGGAUGUUCCUGAAAAAGCAAAGAAUGUCCAGAUGAAAAAGUCCAAACCAAAUGCAACUAAGGAGAAGGUUAAGCAGAUCGAGAAAACAUUGGAAAAUGUAGCCAAAAACAAAGUUGCAAAGGAUGUAAAACCAAAAAGUGAUGUUUUAAAUAAAAAUUCCAAGAAGGUGCAACAAAAGGACCAGAAAGCUGUCCAAAAGAAACAGCCAACAGUUGCCAAAAUCGAAAAUAAAAGCCAGAACGUGAAUAAAAAAUUUGUCCAAAAGAAAGAGCAAACAACUGUUGCAAAAGCCGAAAAUAAAACACAGAACGUGGUUAAAAAAGUUGUCCAAAAGACUGUUGGAAAAGCCGAAAAUAAAACUCAGAACGUGGAUGGUGAAAUUAAAAAAAAUAAAAAGAAGAAACAGAUUUACGAUCCAGUGAAUUUCGAUGAGAAACAGUUCAAAACUAUAGUCACUUUGGAGAAUAUAAAAAAGAUUAGUGAGGCAUUGAAAACUCUUGUUGAAAAAGAGGUGUCGGAAAAGAAAACUUCUAUUUUUAGCGACUACAAGUAUUUUUUGAAUAUCUCAAGUUUUAAAAUUCCCACCUGCCCCAAGCGUAUGGUGAAAUUAAAUGUUAAACAUUCAUUGGUAGAUACUAAGAACGAUGAUGUUGUUAUUAUUGUUCCCGAUCUACAAAGAGGAGCGAAAGUUGAUUACGAGCCCACUAUUCAACACUAUGAAGAUCUAUUACGAGAGAACGGAGUGGACGAUAUUAAAGUAGUACCCUUUAAUCAAUUGCGCAAUGAAUGCACUACAUUUGAAUCCAAAAGAAAGUUUGCCAACACUUAUGAUUAUUUCCUAUGUGAUGGUCGUAUAGUGGGUCAUGUUGUUGGAUUCCUUGGCAAACAUUUCCAAAAGCCACGCUCAACAAUUCAUGCUGUACGUAUGGACGAUCCCAAGACGCAUAAGAUUGACGUAGAACAUGCUUUGAAACGCACAUCUUACAAACAACUACACAAGGGGGAUCUUGUAUCCAUUCCCGUGGGAAAUCACCGUUUUACCAUAACUCAAUUGGCCGAAAAUAUAAAAAUGGUGAUUGAUCAAUUGAAAGAUACAUAUGCAGGUGGCUAUGCAAAUAUGCGCAACAUUUACCUUAAAAUCGACAUCAAGGGAACAUCAUCUUUGCCACUAUAUGUCAGUUUGACAGGUGCACCUCAAGAAAUCCCCAAUGUGAUUGGUCCACGAGAACAGCGAAUGCUUAAAUUGAAGAAACAAGCCAACGAUAUAUUGUCCAAAUUUAGCAUGAGCAAAACGGGAGAAUUUGUAAAGCUUAACAAGACACAAGUUGAACGUAAACAGCAAAUACGUGAAGCUAGAACGGCUCUAUUGUCAAAUGAACCAGUUGAAGAAGAUAAUGACAAUGAGUUCAAACCAGCUGCAAAGAAAGUUAAAAAAGAUAAACAAAUCGAAGUUGCUAGUAAAUCAGAGGAUGAAAAUGAAGAAAGUGAUGCCAAUGAAGAAGGCAGCGAGGUUAGCGAUGAAGAAUGAAGAUGAAAAUUAAUACAUAUUGUAUGUAUGUUAAUUAAAUAAGUUCAAUAUUUACAUAUUUCUUUAUACCUAUUAUUACAAUAAAAACGUUUAAAAAUUCGA